AUGGGCGAAUACGUUGCAACACCCGCGAUGGAAGAACAUGUUGAUCUCGUGGUCGUGGGCGGCGGCCCAACUGGCCUUCUCUCGGCGCUUUUGGCCCGUCGUCUCGGUCUCACUGUCAGCAUAGUUGACGCAAAAUCUGGACCACUGGACUUGGGAAGGGCAGAUGCCCUCAAUGCUCGGACCCAGCAAUAUUUCGAGGUGGUCGGCAUACUGGACGAGCUCCUCCCCCAAAGCUUAAAAUGCAACACAAGCUCAACCUUUGGCGAGGGAGAGUGGAAGUCCCGCCAGAACAAGUGGUGGGUGAGCCUCGAGCACUGCCUGCACAAGAACUUCGCCAUGAUCGGCCAGCCGGUGGUCGAGAGGAUCAUGACCGAGCGGCUCAAGGAGGUCGGCACGGGCGUGCACUACAGCGAGAACGUCACCGGCAUCCAGGAGUCGGACGACAGCGUCUCGGUCUCCACCGACCUCGGCCGCAAGAUCCAGGCCAGGUACGCCGUUGCUGCCGAUGGGGCUCGCUCCACCAUCCGCAGUGCCCUUGGGAUCAGCUUCGCCGGCACGAAGCCCGAGAUGCUCUGGGCGGUCCUCGAUACCUUCAUCGAGACCGAUUUCCCCGUGUCGCCAGAGAUCGUGACGUUCGAGCUCAAUGGCCAGGCGCGCGUCUCCUGGAUUCCCCGGGAGCGUGGCAUGGCUCGGUUCUAUGUGCUCCUUGACGGCGGCGAGGUCACUCAGGAGAGGGCGGAGAACAGUAUCCGCGAUCAUCUUGCGCCACACAAGGUGGAGUUCAAGAAGACGGAGUGGUUCAGCACAUUUGAUGUCAAGGAGAGGAUCGCCGGCACGUUUGUCACGAAAGAGGGCAGGGGGCGCAUAUUGCUCGCAGGAGAUGCCGCACACGUGCAUUCUGUCAACGGAGGCCAGGGGUUGAACACCGGCGUUGCAGAUGCAUUUGCCCUCGGCUGGCGAGUUGCUACCGCCGUCAAGAACCAAAGGCUGACCCCGGACGGUGCCCUAAAGCUUAUCCGCAGUUAUGACACCGAGAGGAGGACGGUCGCCCAGAAUGUCAUCGACGUCGCGGCUGCACUGGUCCGGGACACCGUCCGAACUGCCACAAAGUAUGUCUCGACGAUCGAGAAGAAUGCGGGCUACAUCACAGGAAUGGGUGUCUCCUAUGACGAGGUCGGAUCCGAACUCAUCCACGUUUCCAGCAGGGGCCUCUGGAUAGCUGGAAAACGAUGCCCUGACCUAGAGCUUACACCGGUGGCCGGCACCUCACAAGAGGCCACCCGUCUGUAUUCCAUCGUCGACUACGGCAAGUACCUCGUCCUGUCGAUCGGAGGCCAACUUGAAGAGGGAAGUACAUCCAACUUCGAGGACAUCACGAGGGCCCUGACCUUGCUCCCUGCCAGCUCCGACGGUGCGCCACAGUCGACCGGGGAGGCGUUCAGGUCGGAGCUGAUCGGGGCCGACGAGUCAUUCACUGUCGUCAUCCGGCCGGACAUGUACAUUGGCUAUGUGGGGACUGGAAACGGCUGGAAGGACUACUUGGCCACUGUCUUUGCAUAG